AUGUCCUCCGAACUCCGCCAACGCCAAAAACCAACAACAGCCUCCAAUACAUCCAACCCCUCCAAAGCCACCAAAUCAACCUCAUCGCCCAAAAAUGGCAUCUCUGUCCUCGAUAUCAUCCGUCCCCUCAUUCUUACCCCCACCGAACUCUCCCUCUACAACGGCACCGACCCAACCCUCCCCAUCUACCUCUCCAUCAACGGCACCAUCUACGACGUGUCCGCGAACCCGCUCGUCUACGGCGCCGGCGGCCACUACAACUUCUUCACGGGGAGAGAUGCCACGCGCGCCUUCGUGACCGGGUGCUUCAAGGAGGAUCUCACGCCUGAUAUGCGCGGCGUCGAGGAGAUGUUUAUCCCAAUUGAUGAUCCCGAGGAGGAGAAGCGGUUGAGUAGCGGGGAGAGGAAGGUGAGGAGGGAGCAGGACGUUAGGAUCGCCAGGCAGAGGAUUCAUAAGGCCGUGGCCCAUUGGAUGGGGUUCUUUGCCAACCAUAAGAAGUAUUAUGAGGUGGGGAAGGUCGUGGGCUUGGAGGAGGUUGUAAAGAGGGAAGAGGAGGAGGGGGUCAAGAGGGAGCUUUGUACGGCUGCUAGGCAGCAGAGGCCUACCAGGGAGCAGGUUGAGAAGGCGAAGGGGGGGAAGUAG